CACACAUGUUGUACUUCCACUGCCCAUCUGCCUCAAUACAGCACCAAGCUUGUGGAUGCAUCCUUGAGUAGCAGCUGUAUCACUGUACAAUCUGCAUUAUGGAUAGAACCUCCUAUUUAAGCUCCACCAAGGUCAAAUAUUAAAUCAAUUAAAGUAGUUUGUAAAACCUACUCAUUAAAAACAAUCUGCCACAUUGAACACACAAUGAUUGUUUAGACAAUUGUUCAUUCGAAGUAAUUCUGGAAAACAUUUGUUUCCUGGGUUUAUUUGCAAUCCUGUAGUAUUAGUUGUCUUGAUGAAUAAUGAAUACGUGGUCAACCGUCUCUGGGCUUUUAUGCCAUUUGUUCGACUAAAUGCACAGAUUAUGCCAAGUUAAGCAUCAGUGUCUACAACUGCAAGAGAUGCAGCCAGGUUCUAGAGAGCAUCACUACAUCUGCAUGCCUGUCUGCGUGAACAUGGGCAGGCUUCUUAGGCUGUGUGUGUAUUUGUAUUUGUUGGAGCACGGAGACAGAGAGAGACAAGGGGGAGAGAGAGAGAGAGAGAGAGAGAGACAGGGGGAGGGUGACUGUCUGUGGGUAUGGAGGACAUGAGGGGGGGCUGAUGCUGAUGUCUCUGCUGUAACCUUGGUUGCUAUCGUACAGCAGCAGGGUCUGCCCUUCCCUUUUAGUCAUUGGCUUGCCACUCUGACCACAAGCCAUGUGGUUUGGGCAACAACCAAUGAAAUAGAGGUGAUGCUCCUUUAAUAGUGUUCUGUCUUAAAGAGACAGCAACGGGUGCCUUAUUUGUUUUAUUCUGGAAAUUCUUUCCAUGUUGCACAUCACUUGUAAUGAAUCAUUCCUUUGUGUGUUUACAUUCAGUCAAGCUUGUGACGAAGGACUGAGGGAGAGAUAACAGGAGUGUGCUUAAAGGACAUCCUUUUUGUGUGUGUGUGUGUGUGUGUGUGUGUGUUCAUUUCUGUGUGUGCACUACAAUGUGCAGAGAGAAGUCUCCCGGGGUAAACAGAGUCAUUGUGAAUAUGUUGCUGCCUUUUUCGCAGCUAAGCUACAUAAAUCCUCCCCGCUGUGCCAACAUGGAGGUACACAUGAAUAUUCCCACUCAGUCUCUCACUCUUUCUCACACCCUUGCACACACACAUAUUUUUCGACAGACGUACAUGCUGUCUCGUCGCACAUGCGCACUCUGAGGCUGAGAGCAGAAGCAGGCACAGACACGCACACACACACAUGCAUGCGCCUGCAGCCACACUGCCUGAUUAGCUUGCGAGAGCUGUCUACAGCAUCCAGGGAAAUGGCGCAAGAGGCAGAGCAUUGGAGGAGCAACGGCAGCCUAAAGCAGCAGGAUUAGACCUCUGGCAUCCCGGCCAGCUGAGGCAUGGAUUGACUCGGAGCAGGGGACUGGGCUACGGAGCGAUCAGGAGGCAGCCUGCCUGACUGUGGACUGACUGUGUGUUGCUGGGAUCGGUGUGAGACGGCUGAUGCACCGGUAGGACUGGGCCGGGCCUCUGGAUCCGUACCGUGGGGGAGGGGCAGCCGACGCAGGGAGAGGGAGCCUGUUUUUCCAGACCACAGCUCUGGUGUGAUCCUCCAGCCUGACCGUCUGCCACAGGCCUGCCUGCAUCCCUGCCUGCAUCCCUCUCUGUCUCUCUCUCUCUCUCCCCCUCUCAUCCUCCCCAUCCUUGUUUUACUCUUGCUAUUGUCAUCUGCUUCUCCCUUCUUCCUCCUCCGAUGUUCCCGCUGUCAUCCAAGCUCCCUCUACCUCCAUCACUCGAUACUCUGGUCAUCUUUCUGUCCUGGCGUCACCAUCACUCCAUCCCUCUCACCUCCACCGUCUAAAUAUUUUAGUACUGUUUGCCAAGCAGCUCAGCUCUCGCAACAACAUUUCUUCGUUCACAUCUCUCUCACAUCCCCACUCAUCUCCUCCAUCGGCUCCUUUCUGUGCCCUUCAGCCGCUCCCCCGCUCCCUCUCCUUUUCCGUUUCCCUCCAUCUUCCCUCUUUCGGCUCCCAUCCACCUCUACCCUGCAGUGACUGUAUAUUUGGGUCAGUCUGCUCAGCAAAUGGGAUGAGAUGUAGUCUCCACAGCAGCCAGAUCCAGGGGGCUCCUGGUCUGCCCAUCAGGGGGAUCCUCAUCUUCGGACCACACUUAGGCUGGAGCCUGACUCUGGACUGACUGGGUGGCCUGUUUUGGGGUGCUGCAUGUAGCUGAGGACAGUCUGCACCAGCAGCCCCCACCCUCACCCCCUUACCCUGUUCCUUCGCCCUCUCUCGGGGCAGCCGUCACUCUGGAGUGUCCCGGCUUGUCUGGCUGUGGCCUCUCCUCACACACCCUGACGACGCCCUCAUGCCACUGGGGCACCCGCAGCGCCCCCACUCCUCUCCACUACCACACCUCCUGCCUGUGCCACCGGCCCAAACCCCCCACUACCCUCAACAUGGGCGUAGUGGAGGCCAUUGACCCGGCGCCAUCCCCCUGCCCCUCGCCUGUACCAGGGGGCUACAGGCUGCCCCGCUCCUCCAGCUACAGCCCCCUGCAGGGGAGGGCAGGGGCAGAGCUGGACCUCGAUGCGGCUGCUGGAGGGGUCCUGGAGGGAAGCGGGACGGCGGCGGAGCGCAGGACGCCCCUAGUGGAUCUGUUCUGUGAGACCUGCUCCAGGCCCUGGCUCAUUGGCUGGUGGGACCAGUUCAAGAGGAUGUUGAACAGGGAGCUGUCCCAUUUGUCGGAGAUGAGUCGCUCAGGGAACCAGGUGUCAGAAUACAUCUCCACUACCUUUCUAGAUAAGCAGAACGAAGUGGAGAUCCCGUCCCCGACUUCGAGGGAGAGGGAGAAGCCCAUGUGUCAAAUCAGUGGUGUGAAGAAGCUCACGCACAGUUCCAGCCUUUCAAACUCCACCACGCCUCGAUUCGGUGUGAAGACUGAACACGAGGAUGCGCUAGCCAGGGAGCUGAACGACUUAAACAUCUGGGGCCUUAACAUCUUUCGUGUGGCAGAGUUCUCUAAUAACCGUCCCCUCAGCUGCACAAUGUAUGCCAUCUUCCAGGAGAGAGAUCUACUGAAGACCUUUAGGAUCCCUGUGGAUACAUUCGUUACCUAUGUGAUGACCCUGGAGGACCACUACCAUGCCAAUGUGGCCUACCACAACAGCCUCCACGCUGCAGAUGUCACUCAGUCUACUCAUGUACUGCUCUCCACUCCGGCACUAGAUGCGGUGUUCACUGAUCUAGAGAUACUAGCUGCGUUAUUUGCCGCUGCCAUCCACGAUGUUGACCAUCCAGGAGUGUCCAACCAAUUCCUCAUCAACACAAACUCCGAGCUGGCCCUGAUGUACAACGACGAGUCCGUGUUGGAGAACCAUCACCUCGCAGUGGGCUUCAAGCUGCUCCACGAGGACAACUGUGACAUCUUCCAGAACCUGAGCAAGAGGCAGAGGCAGAGCCUGAGGAAACUUGUUAUUGAUAUGGUUUUAGCCACAGAUAUGUCUAAACACAUGAGUUUGCUGGCAGACCUCAAGACGAUGGUGGAAACCAAGAAAGUGACAAGUUCUGGAGUUCUGCUGCUCGACCAUUACACUGAUCGGAUACAGGUGUUGAGGAACAUGGUGCACUGCGCUGACCUGAGCAAUCCCACGAAACCCCUGGCUGUGUAUCGACAAUGGACGGAGAGAAUCAUGGAGGAGUUCUUCAGGCAGGGCGACAAGGAGCGAGAGCGGGGGAUGGAGAUCAGUCCCAUGUGCGACAAACACACCGCAUCUGUGGAAAAGAGCCAGGUGGGCUUUAUUGACUACAUAGUCCACCCGCUGUGGGAGACAUGGGGGGACCUGGUGCACCCCGAUGCCCAGGACAUCUUGGACACUCUGGAGGACAACAGAGACUGGUACCAGAGCACUAUCCCGCAAAGCCCUUCGCCUCCUCCCGUCUGCCAGGAUAAGGAUCUAAACGUCUGCAUUGACAAGUUUCAGUUUGAGCUCACCCUCGACGACAGCUCUCCGAGAGAAGAGGGAGACGAGACUACGUCAAACCACGUGGCACAGGACUGCAGUCAGGGGGAGGAGGAGGAGGAGGAGGAGGAGGAAGAGGAGGAGGAGGAGGACCAGGGAAAUACAGAGAAAGACAUAAUGACAGAGGAGGAAAAUGAAGACAUAAUAGAAGAGGAAGACGAGGUGGCUAUGGAGGAAGAGGAGGUGGAGGAGGAGCUGAAAGCUCAUCAUUUGGAGGUGAGAUCUGAAAAGGAGAGACUUUCUGACACAAGUCCUGUAGAGGAAGAGGAAGAUUCUUCUUCACAAGCUGAAGAUACAUGAGUUCUGCUCCUGUGUCUCGCUCCUCCCUUGCACACAUUAUCUUGUUCAUCCUUUCAAUGGCCAAACCAAGAACAAAUAAGACUGCAAUGACAAUACAGACCUUUAAAUAUAUUUUUCAAAAAGGGAAUACAUUUAAAAUCGCUUAAAGAGAAGGUGAUUACACAGCAACUGUAGAUUUGAAGUGGUGACAAGUCCUCUAACUGACUUCACGGCAAACUUUAGACUAAAAGGAAUUUAGGAGAGCAUUAGUGACGGGCAACUGAAGACAGCGUAGCACUCUGGGACUGGAAUGCACACACACAAACACACAGGAAGUGACACGCUUGAAAACAUAGAAGGAGCAAGUCAUGAAUACACCGAUUGAACGUGCGUAUGCGCAUGCAUCAGUCAUGCAGUAUAAUUGGAGUGCAAAUGUACCCCUUCCUUUCUUGCAAACACACACACACACACACACACACACCUACACACACACAUACACACACUUGACUGUAUGUUUGCAUGUGUGCAUUUACACAAGGGACAUUGAUCAGUAAUGAAUCUCUUUGGAAAAAGCCAUCUCUUAAUGGAGUAUUAACUAGUGUUCAGUCAGUAUUAGUAAUUCAUGUUCGUUAGAACUUCAACAGAAACUGUUCUCCUCAGAAAAGCUACACACCAGGGUGACUUUUUUUUUUUCCAUUUCUGUCGGAAAGAAAAAUAAGAAAAUCCACAGAGUCGGAGGAGAAGAGAAGAAGAUAUCGAAGUAAAAGAAGAUGCUGCGACGAGGGGGCGUACCCCUUUUCCCUUUAUGAGGAGAGUGCUACUGGUGCAAGAUGGCUCUGUGCCUUUCUGAAACACCAGCUUCCUGAACGGAGCUGUCGUGAAGCAAUGCAUUGUGGACAGGAGUGUCUUGAUUUUGUUAUCAUUUUGUUUGUUGAUUGUCUCUUGUUAAAGAUCUCUCUUUACUGUUCAUGGUGUUGUGAUGUGUAUCUCACAUGUCCAGUUUAUGUGCUCAUAUGUUUUAAGCUAAAAGUCUUCCUUUGUUGCUCUUCUGGUAAUAUAACUCAGAACUCUAGAUGCAGAGCAAUCACCACCAACACCACCACAAACCACCAGUGGACUUUUUCCAGCUUAUGUUUUAUUUUCAUAUUAGAAUUAUUAUUAUUUUUUAAAAAUCUUUCUGAGAAUAAGCCAUGUGAUGAUUUGAAGCAUAAGUUUGGCAUAUUUUCUAUUUAAACAGUGCUAAAUAUGUUAAAGGGAUACCAGAAUUACUUCAUCAGCAGAACAAAUUUCCACUUGCCAUCUCAUACCCACUUGCACUGCGUGGUUAUGUCUUCUCAUACACAACGAUUCUCACCAAAGUACAGGAGGAGAUACUUCAGUGGGUGAAGUGAUUUGAAGGAAGAGAGAUGAAUAGGAAAAUCAGGGAGGCAGAAUGUUUGGAGAAAGAGCCCGUUGGUCUUGAAGUCCCCAAUCAUCCUCGUUAUGUUUGAUGCUUUUUUGCCUUAAUGUCAAAUGCAGGAUACAUACCUGCAAGUAUGUAGAUUUAUAAGAUGUAUAAUAGAUAUCCUAGUAUAUUUAUAUCACGUCUGUAUGCUUAUUUCUGUGAGUAUCAGUGUGUCUACAAUGUAUCCAGCAUUGCAUUUGGAGGAGAAAGGGGAACAUCGCUGCCAGUUAGUUGUCAUGUUGUUGCUGUGCUCGGACCAACGUAAAGAAUGUGUCGUUUUUUUUAACUGGGAUGGUAAACAAUAUUUAGCAACCUGGAGGCAUGCCGAGGAAAUAAGAAAUGAGAGGCGGUGAGAAUGAAUAAGGAUGUUUGAAUCUGACCAGAUUAUUGAUUUGUUGACAUGACGGAGUUGAUGCGUGCAUGAGUUUGUCCGCGUGACUUGUUGUGUUGUCACGAGUAAGCGAGUGAGGAACAGAAGGUAGAGGGGCGGGAUGCUAAAGAUGUCGUCAUAUGUUUCGUGGGUCCCUCACCGGCAUCACCACACUGUCGUUGAAUGGCGUUCAGUAUUCGAUCAGCACAGCUUAAAUAGGUCACGGUUUGUUUUGGGUAUUUUGAUUUUUUUCACAGGGUAAACAAACAAACCAACAAACAAAAGAACAUGAAUGUGGUUCUUUCUGAGGGUAAGUUUCUGCAGGUCAGUAACUGAGCUUAUCUGAAAUGACCACAGCUCGGUGCAACAGAAGCCUGUGUGUUUGAUCUGCUCCGUGGUCGGAUGGAGCAGAUCUGCCGGGCCACCACACAGGCUUUCAUCUUGUGGAAUGGGGAUCCAGGAUUACUAUUGCAGUUACUUAAAUACAGGAUUCCCAUAUGCAUCGGCCUUUUAUUUUGAAGAUGUUGCUUUGUUUUUGUGGCUUCUUGUUAUGUCAUAAGCUAUAAAAAACAUUAAUAUUUACUUGCCAUACAAACACGAUACUGUAGCAAUUGUUUCUUAUUAAGAAAAUUAUUCAAUUGAUUGAUUGCUGCCAUUCUUUUUAAAUGAUGAAAAGAAAACCAUGGGAAGUGUUUUCUUUCAACAGUUUGUGUACAGUUUAUUUUUAUAUCAUUCUGGUGGAUGGUCUGGAAAAUGAAUCACGUGUUGAUGAUAUAUAGCUAUAAGCAUUACCACUCUUGUAUAUAAUGUAAUAUUGGAUUGUAAAUGAUACAUUUAUCCAAGUCACACUGAUUGACAAACAACCCAUUAUAGGUUGUGAAGUGAAUCACUAGAACACUGCAGGCCACAUCCUCACCUUUUCAUUCUCUGGUUAUGUUCUCGCUCACAUGUGCUAACAUUUUUUUAAUCGUCCACAUUUAUUGUUAAAAUCAAAUAUAUUUGUACCAGCACUUUAUUUCGUCAGGUUUUGAGGCAGACAGUGUGUUUCAGGUAGUGUACAGUCUGUGCUGGUGGUUUGGUCAUUGGCAGUCACCUGUUGAUUAUAUUCCAUUGGGCCAAAUCACAAACCGUCAUUGUGCAGUAGUCAAUGUUAACCCCUGUUCUAGAGACAUAAUCAAACAAACGAGUCAUUCUCUAUUAAAGGUCCAUGUGAGAUUGAACUAAUUUGACUGAUAAAGUCAAAUGUAAGAAGAUGGAGUCACAUGGGAUGUGACAUUUUCAAAGGAAAUAAAUGUGUCCUUAUCUAACUUGGCCAUUUCUAGUACUAUCAACACCUCUAUUUAUUAGUAACUUUAAUCAUUAGCCUGAUAGCCUACAUGUCCGUCCAGUGGUGGCCUAACUAGCUGGUUCCCAUCUGGGUUGCUGUCAGGUCACUUUGUCGCAGAAUGAUUCCUCUGUGAAUAAUUCUCUGGGCUUUAAUUCAUGUGUUUAUUCACAAGUAAGAAAGAUUAUUUAAGGGGCAAAAACAACAUGAAAUGAUUGUAAUAUUUGUAAAUGAUCUUGCUGUAAUGUGUAAAAUGUGUCCAAGUUAUUUUUUAUUAUAUUAUUUUUAUGAAAGUUUUUCCUCUCAACAGAGCUGAGGUGUCAUUUUGUGAAUAAAUGCAUUUAAUAAGCAAACAUCUAUAUAUAAAACAAUACUAUAGUAUAUCAGUAUAUUUUUCUUUUAUUUCACUGUUCGGUACUGUAAAGUGUGUUAAAAAUACAAAUAAAGUAAGUUUUUUAUAUUAAAUGCAA